AAAUCAAAAUCUUAUAGAGUAGUUUCGAAAAUUUGAACAAAGUCAAAGCAAGAAUUUGAAAAUUCUUCCAAUUUCCUUACUUCCUAAAUUGAAAUACCAAACGAACAAAUUAAAAGCUUCACCAUCUUAUGUUGACACAUACAAAUCGAUCCAUGGUUUCCAACAAUUUCAUCUUCUUCCUCUUACUCUUUCUCGCUCUCCUAAAAUCCAUCUCCGCCGUUGAGUACAACGUCAUCAACAACGCCAGUGGCACCCCUGGCGGCGCCCGCUUCGACAGCAUAAUCGGAGCGAAUUACAGCCGGCAGACCCUGGUAGCUGCGACUGCCUUGAUAUGGAACAUUUUCCGGCAAAGUACCGCGGCCGAUCGGAAACACGUGCAGAAGAUCAGUCUGUUUAUUGAUAACAACAUGGAUGCAGUAGCGUUCAAUAUGAACAACGAGAUUCAUGUUAGCGCAAGCUAUAUCUCAAGCUACAGCGGAGAUUUGAAAAGGGAGAUCACAGGAUUGUUGUACCACGAAAUGACCAAUAUAUUGCAAUGGAGCGGGAACAUGAAGGCUCCGAGCGGGUUGAUCGAAGGGAUUGCGGAUUAUGUACGGCUGAAGUCGGGAUAUAUUUCGGAGACGUGGGUGGAGCCGGGUGGGGGGAACAGGUGGGACGAAGGCUACGACGUGACGGCGAGGUUUUUGGAUUAUUUGGAGAGAGUGAGAAGUGGGUUGGUGGCGGAACUGAACAGGAAGAUGAGAAAUGAAUACUCCGACGAUUACUUCAGGCAGUUGUUGGGGAAGCCGGUGGAUGAGCUGUGGACUGAGUAUAAGACUAAGGCCAAGUUAGGGAUUCUUGAUGACAAAUGCAAAGCUUUUGAAAUUGAAGCCAGUGGGGUUUUUGCUCUACAGCUGUAAAGAAAUUAUAAAGUGUUAUUAAUUGGUAUUCAAAAGUCUAAUUUCAAUCGGUGUCAUCAUGUAAUCAAUUCAUUACCUUAGAGACCAAACUAUUGACUCUGACUACCUUUUGAAUUA